AUGCCUUCUAAGACUCAUCAGAGUACUCGUCAGGUCUACCUCCUCCCUCUCACCGAUGCUGGCGCCCCAGACGUGCCUCAUGAAUACAUCUACCUGCCUGCGCCUACCGACCCAGCCUACUACUUGAGGUUCGCUAUCGAGGGAGCAAGCUCAAUAUGCCGUCAAGGAAGUCUUUGGGUGAAUAUCCCUGAACCUGGCCAAAUGUUUGACCGACAUCACUUCCGCGAGUACAAGUUGCAUCCGGAUUUCAAUCAGACCUUUGAAAUUGACAUCCCCAUUACCUGCGCGGGAGCAUUUGCCUUCUACACUACCUACACUCCGCUACCGAUAUUCUCCCUCGAAGAUGUCGAAACACCACCACCGACUCGCACCCAAACCUACUAUGUCGACAUCGAGCCAAGGUUGUGUCUGGCCGGGUCGAGCUUGCCCUUGGACGCUUUGGGUAUUUUCUCUGUCGUUUCCAAGUUCAUGGGAAAGUACCCAGAGGAUUGGGACAGGCACUUCAAAGGUAUCAGUGGGAGAGGCUACAACAUGGUCCAUUUCACCCCCUUGCAACAGAGGGGCGAGUCAGAUUCACCUUACAGUCUAUACGACCAGCUGGCUUUUGAUGCGCAGCUGUUUCCUGGCGGGGAAAAGGACAUCGCGAAAAUGGUCAAGUCGAUGGAAGAGGAGCACCAGCUACUAGGUCUGACUGACGUUGUUUUCAACCACACUGCCAAUAACAGCAAAUGGUUAGAGGAGCAUCCAGAAGCUGGCUACAAUGCUGUGACUGCGCCCUGGCUCCAAUCGGCAUUGGAGUUGGAUAACGCUCUCCUCGAAUAUAGUGAUCAGCUCGAGUCACUGGGCCUCCCAACCAUCUUCAAAAACGCCAAUGAUCUAGAUAGGACGAUCGAUGGAAUCAAGGAGCACGUUAUCAACAAAAUGCGCUUAUGGGAGUAUUUCGUCUGCGACGUCAAGUCCGACACAGAGGAUGUCAUUGACGCUUGGAGAAAGGGAGCCACCAAGCUGCCCUCGGGAGGCUUCGAGGAUUCUGUUGGUGGCGGGCUUGAUUCGUUGAAAUUAUGGUCACUGUAUGAGAAAGCAAAAUUUCUCAAGGAGAAGGGUUUGCUCAAUGGUCUGCGCAUAGACGGGCGCUUUUCUCGGAAAGUCAACCCUGAGAUUGGUUCGGCCGUGUUGACGGUCUUGUAUGGACGGUACGAAGACGACGCCGAUGUAGGUGCAGCCGAAGCUGCAAUAACCGCGAUCUUGAACGAGCUCAACCUUCCCUUCUAUCGGGAGUAUGACGCGGAUGUCGCAACGAUUAUCGAUCAGGUCAAAGGCAGGUUACAGUACACAAGGCUGGACCCAAACGGCCCGAAAUUGGGCCCUAUCACCAAGGAAAACCCUUUGAUCGAAACCUACUUUGCCCGACUCCCGCUCAACGAGACAACCAAGAAGCACGACCCUAGGUGCUUGUCCCUUGCAGUGAAUGGAUGGAUCUGGGCUGCAGACGCCAUGAAGGACAACGCAGGUCCGGACUGGCGUCCUUAUCUCAGAAGAGAGCUCAUUCCAUGGAGCGACUGCGUGAAGCUGCGGUACGGAACCGGGCCAGAAGAUAAUCCUUACCUGUGGGAACACAUGACACAAUACGUUCGACUAAUGGCCAAAUACUUCACGGCUUUCCGAAUCGACAAUUGCCACUCUACUCCAAUUCAUGUUGCAGAAUAUCUUCUUGAUGAAGCCAGGAAGGUCCAGCCGAACUUGGCCGUGUUCGCAGAGCUGUUUACCGGCAAUGAAGAGACCGAUUACGUCUUUGUGAAGCGCCUAGGUCUCAGUGCCCUCAUUCGGGAGGCCAUGCAGGCUUGGAGCACGCAAGAACUGAGCAGAAUCGUACAUCGGCAUUGCGGUCGACCAAUCGGCAGUUUUGAGAUCAACGUCCCUCAACGAUCAAGGAAGCAGGCUAAUGGCAUUACCAAUGGGACCGGCCCAAGGACCCAGGAGGUGGUGAAUCAUAUCAGAGAAAGUCCAGUGCAUGCUCUGUUUAUGGAUUGCACCCAUGACAACGAGACGCCAGCUCAAAAACGUGAUGCGAGAGACACCCUACCCACAGCCGCGCUCGUCAACAUGUGUGCAUGCGCAACGGGUAGUGUCAUGGGAUUCGACGAGAUUUACCCAAAGCUGGUUGAAAUUGUGCACGAGCACCGUACAUACACGUCAGCCAGCUCCGAAGGAGAAGUUGGCUCGGGAGCGGGUGAAGGCGGCAUCGCCGGAGUCAAGAAGGUGCUGAAUCAGAUACAUACCAUGAUGGGCAAAGACGGCUACGACGAGACCUUUUUGCACCAUGAAGGUGAACUCAUCACUCUACACCGGGUACAUCCGGACUCCCGCAAAGGUUAUUUCCUCAUUGCUCACACCGCGUUCCCUGGCUCGGGUAAUGGCAAUGGUGGCCUAAGUCCUGUUCAUCUGGCUGGCACCAAAGCACGCCAGCUAGGAGCUUGGACGCUGGAGGUGGAUCAAAGCAGUGAAGCGAAGCAGGCCGCCUUGAGUGACAAAGAUCAUCUUGUCGGGUUGCCCUCCCGAGUCAAAAAAAUCCAAGGCGCCACUAUCGAGUCUGGCGACGGCAACACUACAAUCACCGUAGCGGAUUUCUUCCCACCUGGAUCGAUUGCUCUUUUCGAGACGUGGGUUCCGUCUGCGGAGCAUUCUCUCGGUCUGGGAACGUUCAUUGCGAGUGGGACGGAGGAAGGAUUCGGUGAACUCAGCCUCACUGAUCUGAAUGUCAUGCUCUACCGGUGCGAGGCGGAAGAGCGUGACUCCAGCUCCGGCCAAGAUGGAGUCUACCACAUACCAGGUUACGGUCCGUUGGUGUAUGCAGGGCUUCAAGGCUGGUGGAGUGUUCUCGAGGGUAUUGUCAGACGGAACGAUCUCGCGCACCCUCUUUGCAAUCAUCUUCGGGCAGGGCAAUGGGCGUUGGAUUUCAUUAUCGGGCGGACGGAGAAAAUCUCCAACCGCGAAUGGUAUUCACAGCUGAAGAAACCCGCCGAAUGGUUCAAAGAGCGGUUCGAUGCAGUGCGCAUUAUCCCAAGCUUCCUCUUACCGCGUUAUUUUGCCUUGAUUGUUCAGGUCGCCUACAACGCUGCUUUUAAGAGAGCAAUGGACUUGAUGGACCCGAAUAUUCAACAUGGACAAGAUUUCCUCCAGAGUCUGGCCAUGGUGAGCAUACAAAUGGAAGGAUACGUCAAGUCCGCCUCGUUGUGGCCAACCAAGAGUGUGCCGAGCCUUGCGGCUGGUUUACCUCACUUCUCCGUGGAAUGGGCCCGAUGCUGGGGCCGUGAUGUGUUCAUCUCGUUGCGCGGUCUCUUUUUGUGUACUGGUCAGUUCGAAGAAGCCAAGGAGCACAUCAAAGCUUUUGGAAGCGUCUUGAAGCAUGGAUUGAUUCCCAACUUGUUGAGCAGCGGUGCGGCUCCUCGCUACAACUCACGAGACUCCCCUUGGUUUUUCCUCCAGAACAUCCAGGAUUUCACCAAGAUUGUUCCGGACGGACUGUCGAUCCUGCGUGAAAAAGUCCCCCGACGAUUCCUUCCUUACGAUGAUACAUGGUUCCCGUACGACGACCCCCGUGCGUACUCGACCGAGUCCACGGUGGAAGACAUUAUCCAAGAAAUCUUGCAACGUCAUGCGUCUGGAUUGUCGUUCCGAGAAUACAAUGCUGGACUCGAGUUAGACAUGCAAAUGCGACCUGAAGGGUUUCAGAUUGACGUCCACGUGGAUUGGGAGACGGGGAUUAUAUUUGGAGGCAACCAAUUCAACUGCGGAACUUGGAUGGAUAAGAUGGGCGAGAGCGAACGCGCUGGUAGCAAAGGAGUCCCUGGAACGCCUCGAGACGGGGCAGCUGUGGAGAUCACCGGGCUUUCCUACAGUGCCUUGAGGUGGGUUUCCGAGCUUCACAAGCAGGGAAAAUACCAGUACUCGGGAGUGAAGACCGAGCAAGGAGACCAGAUUUCGUUUGCCGAGUGGGCGGAUCGCAUCAAAUCCAGCUUUGAGCGAUGUUAUUGGGUUCCUGCGGACCGCAAGGAAGAUGCUGACCAUGACAUUGACCCUAAACUUGUCAAUCGUCGGGGUAUCUACAAAGACUUAUAUCGAUCUGGAAAGCCGUACGAGGACUACCAACUGCGGCCAAACUUCCCCAUCGCGAUGGCGGUGGCUGCCGACCUGUUCACACCUGAAAGGGCGUUGUCGGCCUUGAAGACGGCCGACGAUGUCCUACGCGGUCCAACAGGGAUGGCAACGCUCGACCCAUCGGACUUGAACUACCGCCCCUACUACAACAAUUCGGAAGAUUCGGCGGACUUUGCGACCUCGAAAGGGAGGAACUAUCACCAAGGACCUGAAUGGUUGUGGCCAACUGGAUUCUUCUUGCGAGCGCUGCUAAAGUUUGAUCUGAUGCGGCGAUACACUCCGGCGGCUCGGUUGGAAUCAUACCAACAAGCAACCCAGCGCCUGGUCGGUUGUAAACAAGCGGUCAAGGACAGCCCAUGGAGAGGGCUGACGGAACUGACCAACAAGGAUGGAACCUUCUGCGCUGAUUCGUCACCCACUCAGGCGUGGUCCGCGGGUUGCUUGAUUGAUCUGUUCCAUGAUGCAUUAGCGCUAGCCCUCGAAGUGCAGCAAACGGAGGUGAAUGGGGCGACGAGCAUAGACUACUGA